AUGAUCCUGAAUGCCAAGAAAGCCCUCGACAAUAAAGCCGAUUCUGAGAUUCGACUUCUACAAGGAGAAAAGUUUGCAGCACCUCGGACACCAAAAACCACAGCAAGACACGAGCAUGAGGCUCAAAGGUCCAACGAGGCGUCAAGAAACGUUGUGAGACCAAGCUAUCAGAAGGAAGAGAUCUCAAAGCAAGAUCUCGCCAAGUUCGUUAGUGAGACGAUCGCGGAAGAGAAGAAGAUCAUGAAACAUGCAAGCAAACAUCACCAUCACCAUCAUAUCACAAAGGGAACGCAGCAACUCUCUCCUCAAUCGCAGCAUCCAACCCAAGGGGACAAGCCUAAGCUUUCGUACUGGUGUGAGGACAACCCCAAUUGGCGGGGACCCUUCGGAGACGCUUGUGUGUCGUAUGCUGUCGGAGGAGAUCGGCAGUUCUGGUGCGACUGGGAUGGCGCAGGCGACAUGGGGGCUUGUCCUGUGGCCUGUGGUACAUGCAACCCUGGUUACUACUACCGCGCCGAACAAGAUGAGCGGCGAGAGCAUCACCUGCUUCAUGAGCAUUUCGAUCCCCAGGUGGCACCGCCAAGCAAAGAAGUCAAGAUCAAUAUCACAGUGAACCAGGGGCCUCAAGUCCCCAUAUCGAUUGCACGUCAACGCGACAUGCAGGCUAAUUUGUUUCAUGAUAUUGAAGAGAUGAAAGAGGACUUGAAGAAGGUUGUUGAAAUUACACAGGAGGAUGCUCGUGAAAGAAAGAAGAAAGAAAAAGACUCGAUCCAACCAGCCUUUAUUUCUUCGGAAGAAGCCAAUCGAGACAUGGCAAGAUUCUAUUCCCAGGAAUCAGCGAAGAAGGACAAGAUCGUAUCGAUGAAGAACGCUUCAUGGGCGCUCACGGACCUGAUGUCGUGGUUUAACAAACAGGAGAAGCAGAUUCAGAUACGAGAUCUCAGAGAACGCAAGAGACAUCGUCUCAACGGGCACGCGACCCCAGCCAAGGAGGGAGACUAUGAUUUCCUCAAGUUCCCUCAAAUGCAAGUCGACAAGACCAUCAAGACACGCAGGUUGUCAGAACGAGCAGCUGACGAUGAUAUGCAACAUUACUGGAAACUUGCCUUGUCAAACACAAGCAGGAGUUCCAUGGCAAGCUUCUCUUCGGCUCGAGCUAGACGUGAACUUGGAAGGUAUCUCGAGAGCAAGCUGCAAAGUGCAAAAGCCCUCCAUCGAGAAGCCAGAGAUUCGGCAGAACGACGGCGGAAGGCGAAUGGCCUCGGGUGGGAAGCGGUGAAGGCGGACUCAAAGAUGUCGACUGAGCAAUCAGAGGCAGACAUAGAGAAGUUCUGGAAUUCGAUGCCUACAGAGGCUGUUCGGAUUCACCCGACGGGAAAGAAGCAGGAGGCUCCUGAGAAAACAAAAAAGCCCCUGGCCCGUAAGCCUGUUGCCUCCAACAAGCACGAUCCAGGACGUUCAUUGUCGCGUCGGAGAUCAGCUGAUCUAGCGAGGGCAGGAAGGAUGAUGAACGACGAGGAGUCCAAGUCUGACAUGCAGACGUACUGGAACACCCUGACGGCAUCAACUGACUUACACACAAAAGCAAGGGGGGGGCAUACUCGUUCACAUACAGUGAAGCAGCCCAGCAUAGAGGAGGAAGUGAACAGCCUGGGGUUGCCGACUGGGGGGGCAGAAGCCGUAGCUCUGCCGCACAGACCGCUGACGUCAGAGGCUGCGCACGCGUCGUUAGAGGACUACUUCUCUAAGAUGGUGAAGCGAGCGAAGCAGCUGGACGGGUACGACAGAAAGACAAGGGAAAAGUUGAUUGCCGAGGCGAAGCUGCGCGCGAAGAAGAGAGCAAUGCUCGCUGCUGCUAAGGGCAACAGCCAGCUUUUCGCCCUUGCACGCAGACAGGAGGUGAUGCUCUGGCUCUACCAAGCUCCUGCUCCUCGUCCCAUGGCCCCUGGAGCCAGUGGUUGGGCCCCAGUAGCGGCAUGGAGACAGGGCGGGGCAGAGCCAUCAAGAGCAGCCCCCGCAUGGAGCCAAGCACAAGAGAGGAGGCUCGAGUACCAGCAAGCAUACAGCAACUUCCUCAACAACGUUAACGCGCAAGUUCCCGUUUAA